GGCAGUUCUCCGUGCCUCCUCGCGCAUCACCUACAACUCACUCGAUCCAUCAUGGGCGUGUGGGACAUUUUCAGCGGCAAAUCCACCCAGACCGCAACCGCAUCCGACUCCUCCUUCGACGCCUCCGCCGCGGCGGCCAGCAGCAGUCCUCUCCCUCCGACUUUCGUUACACCCACCGCCGACGAUGUCGGGUCAUUCAUAAGCACACCCGGCGCAUUCGAUCCAUCAGCACUUCACCCGCUCGCGGGCUUAAAUCAGGACACCCUCGACUACCUGACCCUCGACGACGAUGUGCUCACAGAUCUACCCGGCGGAAAGUCAUUAUUACCAUCACGAGGAUGGUCAGACGAUCUUUGUUAUGGAACAGGAGUGACAUAUCUCGCGGCGCUGUCAGUGGGAGGAGCAUGGGGUUUGACAGAAGGAUUGAGCCGGUUGCCGGCCACAGCACCACCGAAGUUGCGCCUCAACUCGGCGCUGAACGCCAUCACACGGAGAGGACCAUUCUUGGGCAACUCGGCGGGCGUGGUCGCGAUGAUGUACAAUGGGAUAAACAGCACGUUGGGUUACUACCGAGGGAAGCAUGAUUCGUUCAACAGUGUGGCAGCGGGUGGCAUCAGUGGAAUGAUCUUCAGGAGCACGCACGGUGUGAGGCCGAUGAUGAUCUCUGGAGGUAUUGUGGCAUCCGUUGCAGGCGCAUGGGCUGUUGCGCGCAAAGUCUUGAUCGAGGGUUGA